UGUUCAUUCUUUGUCAUUAUCAAUCAUCAAGCGUUAAUAUUCCCCUGGGUUUGACAAAACUAUUAGUUCUAAGCAGCAGGCAGCAACUGGUAGCGGCAGCGGCAUGGCGUUCUUUUUAUGUGCUCUCUCCCUCUCCUUUUUUAUGUUCCUUUUCUACAUUUACAAAGUUUGGGUGGGGUGCUUUCUCCGCAAGCACACCCACAGUAUGGUUGGGUUGUUAGAUCAAAAUGGUACCUACAAAGCUCAGACAUGGUCCAUUGGGAAAGAGGUUGUCGUUCAAAGAUGAGGAACUCUAAUAUACCACAACAACUGGCUUCCUUUGUCUUAUGUGUGUUCAGGUGUUGGGCAGAUAUUCCCCUAUGUGUUGUGGUGUCAUUGUGUGAAUAGGUGGAUGGCCGAGAGCCGAUGUCUGGAACGACGGUGUGUCCGAGUCAACGGCGAUGACGUGAUGGUAAGGGGGACGACAAGUUGAGGGGCUUCUCCCUCUCCAUUUGUGGUACGAGACACAUAUCUCAAAAAAA